AUGCCGUCCAUCCGGGCUGCUCGCUCCAGUCUCUCUCUCAACAAUGAACCCGCUUCUGAUCCAGUUGGUGUGGCCGAAGUGGUGCGGAUGAUACCUUCCGCCGGGCGACCAGUCCAUCUGGUACACCGGCCAGCAGGCUCAAACGCAUCAAACGCUCCCUCAUGCAUAUCGUCAACUGUUGUCUCGCCAUCUCGUCCAGCAACUCCACCAUCGCCAGCACUCAGUGCUGCAACGAAAAAGUCAAGGUCGGAGAAGGACCGGGACAGCCAUGCAUACACAAGCGAUUGCUCUUCUGCCGACUUUGAGCUUGAACAACCAAAACCAUGCCAUCUCGGCGACCACAAGCGACAGCCAUCUGAUCUGUUCGGCACUUGCGACGACUCGACCGCAAGAAACCCACUACAAGCCAGGCCCGGCGAACCCGCCAUUUUCGAAGCCAGCGAAGUGUUCAACUGCCCAGCACGCAAACCCAUUCGAGUGAACCCAUGGAAAUUGACGUUCAAUGUCGUGCUGGCAUUCGGCUUGAUUGCCGCCCUCAUCACCGGCUAUGCCAUGAGUCUGAGUGUAUUCGAUCUCGGCGUCACCUCCAUCGGACUGUACGGGAUAAUCGUCCUUGGCGAGUACUUCUUCCAGGUCRCUUCGGCACUUUGGAAUCGCUACGACGUCAACCGUAUCGCCAAGCAGGCGAUGAACAGAACAUCGGCGGUCGAGACGGUAGACGAGUGCGAAAAGGGAGACAAGUCGAGAAGUGGAAACGGAAUCAUGAACCCUGGAAGCGAAAUUUCGAUUGGCAUUGUUGGGUAUCGCGAGGAUGAUCAGGCGUGGAGACAAUGCCUUCGUACCCUACAGGUGCAAACUUUGACCCCAAAGUGCAUUAUUGGCGUCGUGGAUGGCAAUGAGCAGCCCGAUCUUGACAUGGCCGAGGCCUUUGUCGACGAAUUCCAGUCCUACGGCACGGACUCCCGCAAGGCUCCAUUGAUACACCUGCCGAUACUACUUUCAACAYUCCACUUUGACACAUAUAUGGCCAACAUACCCGAGGAUACCCGAUCUCGUGUGAAGAAGUAUUGUGAUUGGUUUACUGGCCGAUUCCGACCAGGACACGAAACAGCCCUGUCAAUCGCAAGACACGCUAUCAUCGCACAGGUUUUGGAGUGGGACCAGAAGUGGAACAUCAGUACUCUCAAUGCUGUUUGUUUCAGUCAACCUCAUGGACACAAGCGCACGGCCUUGUUCACGGCAUUUGCCUUUAACAUGUACGUCAUUCGCACUCGAGACGCCAUCUUCACGACCGAUUCCGACACAAUCAUGGAAGCAAAUGCACUCGACGAAAUGAUGGUACUGAUGCAUUCCGGCCCUCAAAUCGGCGGUAUCACAGCCGGCGUGAAGAUCUGGAACCGUGCAGACAAUCUCCUUACCAGAUUGUGUUCGACAAGAUAUUGGUUCGCAUUCAACAUUGAAAGAGCUUGUCAGUCGAUCUGGGGAUGUGUUAGUUGCCUCUCCGGGCCUAUCGCCCUGUAUCGCGCUUGCGACCUCGACACUAUCCUAGGACCUUGGAACCUUCAAACAUUUGGUGGAAAGCACACAACUUUUGGUGACGAUCGCCAUCUCACUAACCAGAUUCUCGGACACGGCCUUCAAACGCGCUACACUCACCGAACAUGGUGUGACAGUGAGUCCCCAAAGACUUUUGUCCGAUGGAUCGCUCAGCAAACACGAUGGACAAAGUCAUUCUUCCGUGAAGCCUUUUGGUUCCCAAAGAGUUUUGCCUACCACCACCCAUGGAUGCUACUCGAGAUGACAAUUCACACCCUCUACCCGUUCUUCCUCCUCACCACCUGCUUUCACCUCCUUUUCGACCCACAAGCCGGACACAAGAUGCGUCCCCUGGUCUGGCUCAUAACCAUCUUUGGGCUGGCGUUUGUGAAGUCACUGGUCGCAUUGGUGAUUGAAUUUGAUCUAUGGCUGCUGUUGUUUGCCUUUUAUGGAUUCAUUCACUUUUUCGGACUACUCCCGACAAAGCUGUGGGCACUCGUUACUCUGAAUUCUACAGGGUGGGGAACGGGCGCUCGAUCCGCGACCGAGCGGAAGAAACAUCAAACCUUUUUACAGCGGACCUUUCUCGUAGGCCACUUGGUCGUCUGGUUCGGAGCCGUAUUCACCGGUAUYGGCUUCUUCAUCUACAAGAUGUUCGACAACCCGCUAUUCUUACUCAUCACAGUCGGCAUGGUCAUCAUGACCAUUUACUUGUAUUGGGAUUCCGACAAGUUCUCCGACAAGUUCCAGGACUUUCGCCAAAAGGCAGCUGCGUUGGUGAAGAGGAAGAAGUCUGGAAAUUCAGCUGCACCUGAGUCUGAUCAUGGCGCGGUUGUGGUUGUCGAAUCUUCGGAAUCCGCACUGGCUCAAAAAACCCCACUUGUCAUUGAGAAGGUCGUCAGCUUGGAGACCACCAGUGUGCAUAACGCCACCGAUGAGAUCACCACCGUACCUUCGACGCUGGCGCCCACUGCUAAGCCUUGA